GCGGAGUCUAGCCCACUUGGAGCCUGAGGAUGUCAACAGAGACAGAGCUGCAGCCAGCGGUCAGGCCCAGCAGCAUCAGACGAGACUCCAAGAGGAAAGGGCAGGAUCGCAGUGAGGCAGCUCUCAUCAGGCGCUUUAAGGGCGAUGGUGUCCGCUACAAGGCCAAACUCAUCGGCCUGGAUGAGGUCACUGCCGCCCGCGGAGACAAACUCUGCCAGGACUCGAUGAUGAAGCUGAAGGGUAUAGCUGCAGCAGCACGGUCUAAAGGAGAACACAAGCAGAAGGUGUUUCUCACUGUUUCCUUUGGAGGGAUCAAGAUCUUUGAUGAGAAGACAGGGAUCCUCCAACACCACCAUGCAGUUCAUGAGAUCUCCUAUAUUGCCAAGGACAUCACAGACCACAGAGCCUUCGGCUACGUCUGUGGGAAGGAGGGGAAUCAUCGCUUUGUGGCCAUCAAAACUGCACAGUCGGCUGAGCCUGUGAUUCUGGACCUGCGGGACUUGUUCCAGCUCAUUUAUGAGAUAAAACAGAGAGAAGAGAUGGAGAAAAAGGCCCAAAAGGACAAGCAGUGUGAGCAGGCGGUCUACCAGACAAUACUGGAGGAGGAUCUGGAGGACCCGGUGUACCAGUACAUUGUGUUUGAGGCGGGGCACGAACCCAUCCGUGACCAAUCAGAAGAGAGCAUUUAUCAGGUUCCCACCAGUCAGCAGAAGGAAGGUGUCUAUGACGUUCCAAAGCGACACCCAAACGGACACCAAAACACCCCUCGCCAUCAUCAGCACCAUUCUCAUCAUAACCAUGAGCAGCCUUUCCAACACGAACAGCAGAAGCAGCAGCCAGUUGCAGAUCUGAUAGACUUAGAUAUGGAUCUAAUGUCUCAGAACAUCAGCCAAUUAGAGAUUUUUGGAGACAUGUCCACUCCACCUGACAUAACCUCUCCAUCAACCCCUGCCUCUCCCGCUAACACCCUCGACUCCUCGCUGGGCCUGCAGCCCCCAACGGAGCUGUUUACUCCCUUCAAUCCAUCGUCUGUGCCCUCAGGUUACGUGACAAUGGGGGCGGUACCUCCUGGUCACUGGUCUCAGCAGGCAUUUGCUACCCAGACACAGUUGGCUUUCGGAGUCCAGUCCCCUCUUGGCCCCGUAGCCCAGGUGCUCCCUGGUGGACAGCCUCUGAUCUGGAGCCAGGCCAACAUCUUCCCUGCCACACAGCAGCAGUGGGCAGCCAUGGCAGCUGGAGCCUUCUCCCCCACAGCCUACCUCCCUGCCCAACCUGUGGGGACACUACCUGCUGCCAUGUUCCAGACCAUCACCCCUGUCACGACUGUGACUCCAGCCAGUGAGAGCCAUUCAGGUGCUGGGGCCAGUGCCUCAGCUGCCUCCCUGUCAGCGUCAUCAAGUCCGCAGCACGAGGAGAGAACCAAGAAGAUAGGCAAGGAGAUGUUCAAGGACUUUCAGCUGGCAAAGCCUCCAGCCAUGCCCUCCAAGAAGGUUGUUCAGCCCAGCUUGGCGGGAACCUCUGAAGCCUUCAGCACUUACUUUAACCGAGUGGGCACCGCCCAGGACUUGGAUGACUGUGAUGAUUUUGACAUUUCUCAAAUGAAUCUCACUCCAGUCACCUCCACAACACCGUCCACCAACUCCCCACCCACACCAGCUCCCAGGCAGAGCUCUCCAUCCAAGUCAUCAGCUUCUCAUGUCAGUGACCCCACCACGGACGCCACGGACCCUCCUACGGAUGACUCGUUCGGAGAAGCAGAGGGGAGUCCCAGUCGCAGCGAAGAGGAAGAUGCUGCAUGUGGUUCUGGGUCACCCUGCCCCAGUGAGCCAGCAGAGCCCAGCCCAGAACAGGCCAGUCCAGAGGCUGGGAGCUAGAUAGCAGCAGGGCAGGAAAGGGAAGGACCCUCUUUACGCUCAGAUCAACAAGGGGAAAAAAUAAAGUGACUCGCAGGAAGACAGACCUGACCAGCAUCGAGUUAACAGGAGGAGAACCCUUUACCUGUGAGUGUGUUGCACAUCCUCGCCUGACCAAGCCCUUCCUACUCUCCUUCUGCUAACAACCUCCCAGGAGGAGCCUCAGCACUCCCACAGUCCUCCUCUCUGCAGUCUUUCCUCCUCAGAGGAGAAGAGAGCCCCCUCUCGGUCACUCACCACAGGCAGGAGGAACAUCAAUCACCGAGACGGAUUCAGCUCUCCCUCUCUGCUGUGCUCUCUCCUCUCCUCCCCCUUUUGGCAACUCACACCCAGCCUUACAGACGUAAGCCACUCGCCUCCCUCCCCUUUUGCUCUCACGCCCUUUCCUCUGCCUCCCCAUGUCUGGCCAGAGACUGCUGCCAAGAAGAGACUGAACAAGCAGUGCCUCCCUGUCUCCAACACGCCCAUACACACAUGCUCGUACUCAUCAUUUUGACUGACAGAAUCCU